UGUGAACGAAAAAAGUUCAAAGGCAGCUGGUGUGAGGUUAUGCCUUCACUGGCAUUAUAGAGGAAGUCAAUGACACCAAGCUUAGAAUUACUGAGCUUCCCGUCCUACGCUGGACUUACGAUUACAAAGAGUUUCUUGAAUCCUUGUAUACGGGCAAGGACAAGGAACCACCAUUUCUGGAGGCAAUUACGUAUACAAAUAGUUCCUUCUCUUUAGUUUCAAAUGUUUUGACUUUCUUCGGUUACAACCAAUUUACAGGAUAUGACGUCCAACUACGAUGAUGUGGACGUGGAGUUUGAGGUUAUUUGAGUAAGCAAAACAUGAGUGUGGCUAAGCAAGAAGGGCUUGAGAAGAAAUUCAAGCUGUCAACCACAAUAGGAACAACAAACAUGCGCUUGUUUGACUCGGAUGGUAAAAUUCGAAAAUAUGACACCCCAGAGGACAUACUUAAAGACUUCUUCAAACUGAGGCUCCAGUUUUAUGGCAGAAGAGAGGCAGUAAUGUUGCAAAAUAUUGGGGAAGAGUUGUUGAUGCUUAAGAACAAGGUGAGGUUUAUUCUUGCUGUUAUCUCCGGGGACAUCAAACUGUUUAAGAGGAACAGAGCAGAGCGAUUCCUGGAGCUUAAGCAGAAGGGGUAUGAACCAUUCCCAAAGAGAAACAUUACGCCCGACCCAGUUGCUGUUGGAGGAGCUACGGAAGUAGAUGAAGGAAUACAUGCGAGUGAUUAUGAGUAUCUUAUAGCCAUGGCAGUUGGUGGUACAUUUACUCCCGAGAAGGUACAGGAGCUCAUCGCACAACAAAAGAAAUUAGAGGACGAAGCAGAAAGUCUGGGCAAAGCAACUCCGAAAACUCUGUGGUUGAGAGACCUUGAUGCCCUUGAAAAGGAACUGGAUGUGAUUGAUGCAAAAUUUGAAGCUGAACAGAAGAAGAUGAGAUGUUGGCGGGAAAAAAAACCUCAAGGCGAGAGGGCGUCUGAAGCAGCACCCAAGAUAACGGCGGCCAACAAAUCUCACAAGGCAAGCUCACCGGUGGCGGUGAGAGAUAAUGAGGAUGAAGUGCUCGAACAAAAAGAGCGUUUUCUGGUUGCUUAUAAUCUUGACUCCUCUCCAAAACAUAGUGCCAUGGAAGCUGAGACUACAGAAGGACAAGAGAAAGGAAAGAAGAGGAGGAAGGAGCCAAGCAAAAUAGGAAACAAUUCUAGUGCUCCUCCUGGGAAGAAGGUGCGAAAGAUGAGGGCCUCCCACUUCAACAAUAAGAGCAGCUUUGUUUUGUAGAGUUGCAAGCACUUGAACAGUAACGGAUGAUGCCGUCGCUCCUCCUUCCGGCAGCUCUGCUCGGCCAGUCGCACCAAGAACAGCAUUCCACAUCGAUUUCGGGCGCUGGCGUGGCUGGUGGCGAGCAACGACACAGGCUAUCUGGGGUGACAAAUUGUUAACCAGCUGCUACGUUACGGAUAAUUGUGAACUCCAUUAACUAUCUAGCUGGAAAAAACCUACAAACAAAGAGUACAUCUUCCAAGUCUGGUGAAGCAAAUGUUGUGUUCAGAAAAUAAAGUUCAUGGAAGAAUGGAUAUUUUUG